AUGGACAAGGGAAAAGAACCGAUGCGAGAGGAAGGUGCCCCGGAAAAUUCAGCAAAGAAACAAAACGCCCCCAUAGUAAUUCCAGACGAAGAACGUUGGAUGGAUGAACAACACACCCUCAAAGGCGGAGAAGAGCAUCUGGAGGAAAAAGUCCGCCAAGUCAUGAGCAGGCUUGGAAUAAGAUGUGAAGGCGUAGACAUCUCUCUUCGAAGUGACUCACCACUUGCAGAUUUCAUCAUCUCUCACGAGUUCCCUACAAAGUUCAGAUACCCUCCAAAUUUGGAAUCAUACGAUGGAACAGGCUGUCCCAAGAGCCACAUUCACAAAUUCCAAGCGGUGAUCAAUGUUCAGACAAACUUAGAUCACGUACUAUGCAAACUUUUUCCUACUACCUUAAAAGGUCUGGCGCAGGAAUGGUACCAGAGUUUAAAGCCAGGAUCAGUGCUGACGUUCAAACAAUUCUCAGGACUUUUCCAGGCUAGAUUCUUAGCAUGCAUCCCUCAAAAGAAGCUGUCCACAGACCUGCUGGCCAUCAUGCAAUGGGAAGGAGAGACACUCAGGAAGUAUGUAGAAAGAUUCAAUAAGGAGGCGAUGCAGAUAGAAGACCUGAGCCAGGAGAUCGCCUACACAGCAUUACUCAAUGGAACUACCAACUCCGACCUACGAAAGGAAUUGUUGGCUAAAUCACCAAAAUCAUUUACCACACUGAUGACCUUCGCACAUACACAGAUCAGAGUGGAUGAUGGCCAGAGAGAGAUAGAGAAUCGCCUCGGACGAGUAGAAGAACGAACGUUUGCGGAAAGAAGAAAUGGGGACAGAUCGCCCACAGGAAAGAGGUUCGGAGAAAAAGGCAACGACCAUUUCAGAAAUAAAAGAAAAAAAGACGAAGAUAGGCGAUAUACGCCCCUGAACACGACCAGAACCAACGUACUGUUUUGGGUAAAAGACAGCCGAGAGAAGGUCAGAUGGCCAAGGAAGAUGAACGCUGCAUCAGCCAGCAAAAGAGACAACAGCAAAUACUGUGAAUUUCACAGAGAUAACGGCCACACCACAGAUGAAUGCUGGCACCUGAAGGAGGAGAUAGAGAAGCUGAUAGAAAGGGGAUCCCUUUCCCAGUUCGUAAAAAGGGACACCGAAGCCAGAGAGACGGAGUCAGAAAGAAAGAAAGAGCGGAAAGAAGAAACCGCCAGAAGACCCAGACCAGAGCCAGCAGGCGUGGUUAACGUAAUAAUGGGCGGAUCGACCGGAGGAGACAGCAAUACUACAAGAAAGAAAGCUGCAAGAACAGUCUACUCAGUUAGCCCAGGUGCGCCAAAUGCUAAGAAAUUCAGAAGCGUAUCUUUUUCGGAGGGCGAUAGUCAUGGCUUAUCAGUCCCCCAUGAGGACGCCCUAGUUGUCAAGGGGCGACUCAACAAUUUCGAAGUAUCUCGGAUGCUUGUAGACACGGGAAGUUCGGUAAACAUGAUCACAAUGGAGGUGUUCGGCAGAAUUGGACUCAAGAAAGAAAAUUUGACACAUGUCUCUACUCCACUGGUGGGACUAGGAGGCAAAUCUGUACAGGUGGAAGAAUCACUGGAGAUAAACAUCCAACUGGGGGAUGGAGAGAUCUACAAAGAGAUCCGAGCAGAAUUCAUGGUGGUCAAUAUGGACUUCGCAUACAACGCAAUUCUCGGAAGGCCACUUUUGCACGAUACGUGCGCAUCCAUUUGCAUGAGGUACCUACUAAUGAAAAUCCCAACCAGAGAAGGCGAUGCCGAAGUCAGAGGAUGCCAAAAGUCAGCCAGAGAAGCAUACUUUACAGCUCUCAGGAAAGUACAUAUAACCUUGCCAGUACUAACAAUGGAACCUCCAGAGAAGAAGGAAAGGGCGGAGCAUUAUGGGCGAACCGCGAAAAUCGAAUUAUCCCCAGGAAAGGAGAUAGAAGUUGGAGAUGAGCUAGAAGAAGAAAUCAAACGAUCUCUGACAGAAAACCUCAGAUCGCUUGGAGACUCCUUUGCCUGGACAACAGACGAAUUGAUCGGAGUAGACCCGGACGUCAUAUGUCAUCGGUUAAACAUAGCGACCGACGCGAAGGCAGUGAUACAGAAGAAGAGAAGGCACUCACCCGAAAAACAACUCGCCAUCGCAGAAGAGGUCGCCCGGUUAAAAGCAGCAAACGUGAUCAAAGACGCCUACUACCCCAAGUGGGUAGCAAAUGUGGUGAUGGUAAAAAAGUCCAAUGGCACUUACCGAAUGUGUGUGGACUUCACAGAUCUGAAUAAAGCAUGUCCCAAAGAUAGUUUCCCGCUUCCACACAUUGAUCAGUUAGUAGACUCCACAGCAGGUCACGCCCUCUAUACAUUCCUAGAUGCCAAGGCGGGAUAUCAUCAGAUACCCAUGGCACCUGAGGACCAGGAGAAGACGGCCUUCAUAACGGACCAGGGAUUAUUUUGUUACAAGAUGAUGCCCUUCGGUCUGAAGAACGCAGGAGCCACAUAUCAGCGGCUGGUGAACUCAAUAUUCAGAGAUCAGAUAGGAAAACACAUGGAAGUUUAUGUGGAUGACAUGAUCAUCAAAAGCAUCCGAGCUGAAGACCACCCAACAGAUGUGAAGAUAGUCCUAGAGACGCUAAAGAGAUACCAGCUAAAACUCAAUCCGGAAAAGUGCGUAUUCGGAGUACCGGCAGGCAAGUUCUUGGGAUACAUGGUCUCUCAGCGGGGUAUUGAGGCUAACCCAGAUAAAAUCGAAGCGGUCUUAAAAAUGACACCGCCACGGAGCAUACAUGAAGUCCAGAAGCUCAACGGCCGGAUCACGGCUCUAGGUCGGUUCAUGUCCUGCUCGGCAAAACGAUGCCUGCCUUUCUUCAAAACCCUGAAACAGAUCAAGAACUUCACAUGGACAGCAGAAUCAGGAGUAUUGGUAUCGGAAAAAGGAGGAGAACAAUACCCGAUCUACUACAUUAGCAAAGUACUCAGAGAUGCGGAGCUGAGAUACCCGAAGUUGGAAAAGCUGGCGCUGUGCGUAUACACCGCCACCAUCAAGCUCCGACAUUACUUCGAAGGACACCAAGUCAUUGUACGAACCGACCAACCAUUACGAAAAAUCCUCCAGAAGGCAGAGACAAGUGGACGCAUAGCAGAAUGGGCCGUCAAAAUAGGAAGCCUGGGCGUUAUCUAUGAAGCUCGAAAAGCACUGAAAGCUCAAGCACUAGCCGACUUCUUCGCAGAAUUAACAUUCAAAGAACCCAUGGAGGACAAAACGACUCCCUGGGAGAUACACGUCGAUGGAGCAGUUUGCGGAGAAGGAGCGGGCAUCGGAGUCGUGCUCAAAGGACCAGGAAGAAUCCAAAUGGAAUACUCAGCAAGACUCGAAUUUCCAGCUUCCAACAAUGUUGCGGAAUAUGAGGCGCUGAUAACAGGGUUGCAAUUAUGCGAAGAGCUCAAUAUCUCCGAAGCCCAGAUCUACAGUGAUUCACAACUGGUCGUGAACCAAGUCUCAGGGAACUUCGAAGUAAAGGAAGCUACAUUGAAGAAAUACGCCAAGCAAGCCAAAACCUUCUUUGCCGAUAAUGGGCGAUCCUGGUCGUUACAGCAAAUACCCAGAGCAAUGAAUGGAAGAUCAGACGAAUUGGCAAAGUGGGCAGCAACAAAGAAUUACGAUUCGAUGAGAAAUAUCCCUCAUGAAAUUAAACGACAGCCUAGCUUCCAAGGAGAAAUCGAAGAAGGCGAAAUGCUGAUAGUGGAAGAAGAGGAAGAAAACUGGAUGACUCCCCUCACAGCAUACUUAGCUGAUGGAACACUUCCGGAGGACAGAAAGGAAGCUAAAAGAAUAGUGGUACUAUCAUCAAAGUUCAGAAUAUACAAUGGCCAGCUGUACAAGCGGUCAUUCACCCAUCCCUGGCUAAAAUGUGUAAACAAAAGAGAAGGAGAGUACAUCAUGAGAGAACUACACGAAGGAACCUGCGGAGCACACGAUGGAGCAUCAACUCUGGUCAGGAAAGCCCUGCUACAAGGCUAUUAUUGGCCCUCGAUGAAAGAACAAGCAACAACGCUGGUAAGAGGAUGCUGGCCUUGCCAGCAACAUGCUUUGAUACCAAGAAAGCAAGCCUCAGAAAUGAAACCCAUCGGCAGUGCAUGGCCGUUCGCCCAGUGGGGUAUGGACAUCCUGGGACCUCUCCCUUUGGCCACAGGACAACAAAAGUUCCUGGUAGUGGCAAUCGACCACUUCACCAAGUGGAUAGAGGCAGAACCACUGGCAAAAAUCACCCAGCAACGCAUAACUAACUUUUUCUUUAGAUCUAUCUUGUGCAGGUUUGGAAUACCGAAGGUGUUAAUCACAGACAACGGAAAGCAGUUCGACUCAGCAAAGUUUAGGAAGUUUUGUGCCGAGUAUCAGAUCGACCUAAGGUUCACUUCGGUUUACCAUCCACAAUCAAAUGGGCAAACCGAAGUGGCUAACAGAAUCCUACUGGCCGGACUAAAAAGAAGACUAGACGAGUGCAAAGGAAGAUGGGUAGAAGAACUCUACAGCGUCCUAUGGAACUACCGUACCACCCCUAGAGAAUCAACGGGCGAAACUCCAUUCGCCCUAGCCUAUGGAACGGAGGCUGUAAUUCCUGUAGAGAUCGGCGCACCCACGCCAAGGACAGAAGACAACCAACUAAACUUAGUUGAAAAUGAAGCAGAGCUCAGGAACAAUCUGGACCUCUUGGACGAAAAGAUCAACAGAUCAGAUAUCAGGAUGGAAGCCUACAGACAGAAAAUGGCAAGACAUUUCAACAGCCAUGUGAAAAAAAGAAAGUUCGAAUUAGGCGACCUCGUCAUGAGAAAGACCGAAGUUAUGAAGGGAGCAGCAGGGACCGGAAAGCUGCAACCAAAUUGGGAAGGACCUUACACCAUCAGCAAGGUCAUUAAAGAAGGAACAUUCAAACUCACCAACUCCAUGGGAAUAACCAUACCCAGAGCAUGGAACGCCAACAACUUAAGGAAAAUUUAG